AUGAUCACAGCGAAGUUUUACAAAACGAAUAUCUUCGAUCUGGAAGUCGACGUUCAUCCUGUACGAGAUACACUUUCAAAGCAGGUUCAACCAAGAAUCGUCGAUCUGAUCCUCGAUCUGGCCGUAGACGUUCAGCCUAAACGCAAUUCUCUUUCAAAUCAACUCAAAAAAAUCGGAAUACUGUUUAGUUUGAUCAUCAGAAGCCUACGACUAACAGACAAUGAGUUCUGGGACGAGGAGUUGGACAAACUGACACGAAUUUGCCUUAGUAACGGAUAUCCCAGAUCAUUUAUAGAAAAAAAUGGAUUUUAUGAAAAUCAGAUCAGGAAUCAGGAUAACAAGCAAAAGUGGAUCUGCUUGCCCUCAUCAAAACUGAGCCAACAAUUGCAACCUUUAUUAGGAAAAUGGAAUAGCAAGGUGAUAACAAAGGAGAAGAUGACACUUUUCCCCAAUCUACCGACGCAACACGAGAAGACUGACAAACUUGAAUGCUCGGAAGUUUAUCGCAUCAAAUGCGACAACUGUGAGCAGAAGUAUGUUGGUGAAACGGGAAGAAAAAUUGGCCUACGUAUCAAGGAACAUCAAAGACUCUGCAGGAACAUGGAUGCACAAAGAUCAGAAAUAGCGGAACACAUUGCACGAAUGGGGUAUGAAAUCGACUGGAAAUCGUCAGAAAGGUUGGCUGUAUGUGGUGAAAAUACGAGAAAACGCAAGAUCCGAAAUACUGACCGAGAGAGAUCUAAUGAACCGAAGACUUGA